AUGGCGAAUGAGGCCGCGUCUUUGCUGUCGCCGCUGUUCGCAUGGUACAAUACGGUAAACAAUGCCGUCCGAGAACCUUACCUGGACGAAGUCUUCCAUGUUCGCCAGGCGCAACACUUCUGUGCAGAUCACUGGGAUGUCUGGGAUCCAAAGAUUACUACGCCACCAGGACUCUACCUGCUUUCAGUCCUCUUCAGACCACUCCUGGGGUGCGACGUUCGCAACCUCCGGCUGCUCAAUGCAAUAUGCCUCGUAGCAUUGAUGCUAGUCAUACGCGCGACCUACAAUAUCAGACGACAGAACAACAACCAGCAUGGCCAUAUCAGUGGAAUCUUAGCCAAUCACAGCGCGGUCAAUAUUGUAUUGUUUCCGCCCCUGUUCUUCUUCUCGGCACUUUACUACACGGAUGUGGCAUCGACGUUGUCGGUCGUGCUUUUCUACUGGUACUCUUUGCAGGUCGUGGCGAACCGACGAGGAACGAUCAAAGACGCAGCAGUGCAGGUUGCACUUGGAGUGGUUAGCUUAACAUUCAGGCAAACCAAUAUCUUCUGGGUGUCAAUCUUUCCUGCCGCUCUGUCAACCUUCAUAAACCUGGAUCAAGGUCACAGAGUGGUCAAGGAGUCAAUGUAUCGUAGGGCUGAGGGCUUCGGCGAUACGACCUGGAGUGUGGCGAAGACCAGCUGGAAGAUGAACGUUAUCUAUGAUCCUCCUGUGAGGGAUGCUUUUGUCGAAGACUACUUUCGAACACUCAUCUCCAUUGCUGCUUGCGGCGCACAUGCCGUCACUCAACCAAACCGACUAUUGCAGCUUGUGCAGACCCUGAUGCCCUAUCUGACGACUCUCGCGAUCUUCGCAGGUUUCAUUAUUUGGAAUGGAGGCGUUGUGCUCGGCGACAAAUCGAAUCACGUUGCCACCAUCAACCUCCCUCAGAUGCUCUAUCUGUGGCCCUUUCUGGCGUUCUUCUCGUGGCCCCUGCUGCUACCACAAUUCAUCCUCUUCCCGAUCACAAUUCUGUCGCGGAUUCCUGGCCUUGCUAGCAUCGAGCCUAUGAUAUCUUUUCGACGACGAUUCUUCCUGCCUCGUCUCUGGGUCGUUACAGCCUUUAUCGGCUUGGCAUGCCUGAUCGUCCACUUCAACACAGUCGUACAUCCAUUCAUGCUGGCAGACAAUCGACACUACCACUUUUACAUUUUCAAGCGGCUGCUUCGACCUCAAUGGAUGCGUUUUGCCGUGACACCGAUCUACGUUUUCACUGCGUGGGCGUGUAUCGAAACGAGAGGCGAGGCUGGAAAGAUAUUCCGGAAGAUGGUGCAGCCUGAUGCUGCAAGCAAGUCUGCACCCAAAGAGCCGGUCACGCGGCCCUCUUCCGAUCCGUUGAAGUCGAACGCCACUGAAGAUGCGGACCGCCGUGCCACGCGUGUGCCCGACGGUAACAGCACCGCAAUGGUGUCUUUCGUUCUCGUCUUCAUCAUAACGACAGCUCUCAGUCUAUGCACAGCGCCGCUGGUCGAGCCACGGUACUGCAUCAUUCCAUAUGUUGUUUGGCGCAUGCACUUCCCACUUUCUGCUGGCUCUCAGGACAAGACGAAGGACUUCUGGGGCAUCAUGGCGGCAUAUGACUACCGAGUCGUGCUUGAAACGGUGUGGUUCUUGGCAAUCAAUGCAAUCACUGGAUACAUCUUUGUCAAUUGGACCUUUGAAUGGCCAUCAGAGCCUGGUCAGCUGCAGAGAUUCAUGUGGUAG